GGUUUUCUUUUCCAUGCAACAGUGGAUUUGGAUCUGAUUGAUCUGUCUCUGUCUCUUUCUCCACAUAGUUCUUCUAUUUGGACUUUUGUUACUUGCUGGCUCUGCCCAGUUCACCGAAGCUCCCAUAUUCUCCACUGCUCUCUACACUCUCUUCCACAAUGAAACAGUUACCUCCUUUCACUUUUCUUCUCAAAACCAACUCCUAAAGAAAACUCAGAACAAUGAUAGCUCUGAUUGAUCUUAGUUGGUCAGAGAGAUGGUGUUUUGAAUUCUGAUCUGGGUUUCUAUGUGACAAAAACUCCAUCCUCAGAGUGUGAAUUCUGUACUCUUUUUAGUCUUUUUAAAGGCUGGGAUUCCAUGUCUCUAUGGGGAACAGAAUUGAGAUAUUGAUAACUCUGUAAUUCUAAAUAUUAGUCUUGAAGGAUUGAUUUUACUUUUUCGUUUGGGAAAGUAUGAUAUCGUCGGGGAUAAAUUUGGUGAUGACGGUGAUAGGGUUUGCGGUGAGCAUUAUGUUCAUCGUGUUCGUGUGCACGCGCCUUGUUUGCGCUCGAUUUCAGUUGAAUACUUCCAGGCGCUCCUUUUCCUUUCCUAUCGCUUCCAGUAUUCUUGAUCGGGCCUCAAAUGGUCUUGAACCCGUAGUUGUCGCAAAGUUUCCAAUAAAGAAGUAUACCGAUGAUUCUUUCUUGACUGCAGAAGAUGCUCAGUGCCCAAUUUGCCUUGCAGAAUUCCUUGGUGAAGAUAUGUUGCGCAUCCUCCCCUACUGUGGGCACUCCUUCCAUGUGACCUGUAUAGACAAAUGGCUGCAGCAACAUACAACCUGUCCUGUUUGCCGGAUAACAUUGCGUGAACAUCCUGACUGCAAGCACGCAGUGCGACCCAUGUUCAGUUCGGCUUUUCAAUCUCACUACAAUGUGGAGUCCUUUGACACUGAUUCUCAUAACUGUAUAGAGACUGGUACUGGGUUUCCAGUGAGAACCCAUGGCAACCGUGGGAUGAACCCCAUUCAAGAGGAUCAUUUUGCACUCGAGGUUGAUAGAUCAGAAGCUGGGGUGAGUGUCUUCCCUUUGAGUGAGGGUAAUGAGAGAAUGAAAGACUCGGGAACCAAGCUUGUAGAAAGCCCAUCAAACCCCUAAAUUUGUCGAUUUCUGGGAACCUAAGCUGCAUUCACCAUGACUUCUUAGUCAGAGAAUCAGAGUUGGUAUGUCUGAAGACUUUGAAUUGAAUCCAUUGUGACUGUAAUCUAGGAAGUCGAUCAUUUUCUCUUUCUUCUCUUGUGGCUUACUGUAUAUAUCGCAAAAAUAAUAAUUUGUUAUUGGCAGUUUUGUAAGUUCAUUUGUAUAACUAGAAUUUAGUUCAAGGUU